AUGGCGGAGGUGGGACUGUCGGUAGCAGCAAAACUUGCUGAAUAUUUGGUGCACCCAACUUUCCAGCAGUUGCAACGUUUGUUUUGUGUCAGAAAAAUCACCAGAAAUGUUGACAUUAGGAAGGAGGAGCUAAUACUGAAGCAAGGGAGAGUGCAGGAACUUGUUCAAGAGGCUAUCAAUAGAACUGAGAGGAUUGAUGAUGAGGUUAACAAGUGGAAGAAUGAUGUGAAAAGCCUCAUAGCAGAGGUGGAGAAAUUAGAGGAAGGACUAAAGGCUAACCAUGGCUGCCUUCGAGGGUGGUGCCCUACUUGGAAGAGAUAUUGUCUCUGCAAAAAGUUGGCUAAGACUGCCCAAAGGAUGAUUGAUCUAAAUACAAAGAGUGACUGCUUCAGUUCAUUUUCCCAUCCUGUUAUUAUUCCAGAUAUAGAUUAUCACUCUCCUCAAAACUUUAAGCUCUUCAACUCUACACAAAAGGCUUUUGAUCAGCUGUGUGAGGCACUGCGAGAUGAUGGUAGCUCCAUAAUUGGGCUAUGGGGCAUGGGAGGGUCAGGGAAAACCACCCUGGUGAAAGAAGUGGGAAAGAAAGCCAAAGAGUUACAGAUCUUUGAUCGAGUUGUGCUUACUACAAUUUCUCAAAGCCCAAAUGUAAGAAAAAUUCAAGGUGAAAUUGCUGACACGUUGGGGCUCAAAUUAAGUGAAGAAUCUGAAAUAGGUAGAGCAAAAAGAAUAGCACUAAGAUUGCAAAGUGGAGAACGAAUUUUGAUAAUACUGGAUGAUGUAUGGGCCAUGUUGGAUCUUGAGGAUAUAGGGAUUCUCACUGGAGGAAAUCAUCAAAGAAGUUGCAAAGUUGUCCUGACCACACGUCGUCUAGAGGUAUGUAACUUGAUGGAAUGCCAAAAGAUGAUUCAACUUCAUUUGCUAAAAGAAGAUGAAGCUUGGACUUUGUUUCAAACUCAUGCUAGGGUUGAUGAUGUCGCUAAAGAAGUUGUGGUUCAUGAAAUUGCCAUGGAAUGUAAGGGCCUACCUAUAGCUAUUGUAGCUAUGGGAACUUGCUUGAGAGGAAAAGGAGUUGAUGAGAUGAAUGUAGCGUUGUGUCGGUUGAGGAAUGCAAAGCCAAACAAUGUGGAUAAAGGUGUUAGGGACGCUUUUGCUUGUCUUGAAUUAAGCUCUGAUUAUUUAGCGACCCCAAAAGCUAAGUUGUUGUUGUUAAUGUGUGCCAUGUUUCCUGAAGAUCAUGGCAUUGUUGUUGAAGAUCUCUUGAGGUAUGGAGUGGGGUUAGGCUUAUGCAAAGAUGCGGACUCGUUUGAAACAGCAAGGAGUCAAGUUAGAGCAACUAUAAAUUAUCUCAUUGACUCCUCAUUCUUGAUGCGUUUUUGGAAGUUCAACAUGUAUACACAAGAAUAUGUGACAAUGCAUGAUGUGGUUCGUGACUUUGCUUUGUGGAAAGCAUCUGAAGAGGAUCGCACCAUUAUGGUGAAUUGUACAAAAGAAUUAAACAAAUUGAUUACUGAUGAAGCGAUAAAAGAUUGUUAUGCCGUAUCUUCAUGGUAUCACAACAAUGAAUUAUUUCAAUUUCCUUCUCAUUUAGAUGCUCCGAAGCUUGAGUUUCUAUUAUUACGCUCAAUAAAACCCUUGGAUAUAUCACAUACAUCAUUUGAAGGCACCAAAGGACUCAAGGCUUUGAUUAUUAUGUGCAAAUAUGAGGCUAGGGUUGAACUACAACCUCAAUCAAUCCAAUGGUUGUCUAAUCUUCAAACUUUGAGAUUGCAGUAUUGGGAUUUACAUGACAUCUCUUUUGUGUUAAGUCUUACAAGACUUGAAAUUCUUGACCUACAAGGUAGUAAAUUUGAAAGAAUGCCAAAUGGAAUUGAAAAAUUAAACAAGUUAAAGUUGUUAGAUUUGUCGAGUUGCACAAUAGAUGAAUGUUGUUAUGAAGCAAUAGGAAGGUGUUUGGAGUUAGAAGAGUUGUAUGUUUCCAAACAUUUUCCCCACUCAAAAAAUGCAAAUUGCUAUCAAUACCUUGCGGACCCUGCUGCUUUGAUGAAAUUGAGGAGGUAUAAGUUAGAAAUUGGGGAGCAUGGCAUAGGCUUCGCAUCUCAAAAUGAAGAAGACGCAAGAUCUUUGCACUUGGGUCAAUUAAAUAUCUCAAUUUUAGGUGCAAGAAUCAAAGACCUUGCACAAAGAGCAACUGUUAUUAAAUUUUAUGAGCUUAAGAGAGGCAGCAAAAUAUUCAUGCCUGAUAUUGCCCAAGUUGUAGGAGGCACAAAUGAGCUAACUAAACUCCAUCUUGAAAGGUGUUCAGAGAUAGAAUGCAUUACCAAUGAAACUACUCUUCAUGAAGAUGCAGUUGUCCCCAGAUUGGAUGAGUUAGUGCUAAGAGACAUGGAUAAUCUUAAACAACUACAUCGUGGGCCUUCUCCUUUCAGCUUGUUCCAAAAGUUGAAAAGGCUAAGUAUAUUCAAUUGCCCUCAAUUGCUCUACAUAUACCCUGCUGAUUGCAACUUAGGCAAUCUCAAGUUUCUCAAUAUUUCCAGUUGUCCAAUGUUGACAUCUCUCUUCCCUGUCUCUACCGCAUGCACUUUGUUAUCCUUAGAGAACCUUCAAAUAGAAGGUUGCAGUGAAUUGAUGCAUGUACUAGAGGGAGAGGGUGGUGGUGAUGCAUGGGAGAAUUCAAGAGUCCCAGAAUAA